GUUCAUUCGCCCGGUCGUGCAUUCCCGCGCUUUCGUCCCAGCUCUCAUGGGGAAGCCAAAGCAGCAGGUGAUUUCCCGCUUCUUUGCCCCAAAAUCCUCCUCUCAAAACCCACCUCCCUCCUCCUCCUCCCCCCCUCGUACCCUCUCCAAACUUCUCCCCAAGAUCUCCGCCACCGUCUCCUUCUCCCCCUCCAAGCGCCUCCCAACCCUAACCCCCUCCUCUUCUCCUCCCCCAAGAAAACCAAAACCCUCGCCAUCCCCACUCCCCCCUCCAACCCCUCCCUCCACCAAAAAAUUCCUCUCCAAGCUCCUCGAGCCCCCUUCCUGCUUCCCCUCCCCCUCUUCCACCCCCCAAUCCCUCCCUCCUAACCCUAAGUACACCCCUCUCGAGCAGCAAGUCCUCGAGCUCAAAUCCAAGUACCCCGACGUCCUCCUCAUGAUCGAGGUCGGCUACAGGUACCGGUUCUUCGGCGACGACGCGGAGAACGCUGCCCGGGUUCUUGGAAUUUUCGCCCAUGUGGACCGCAAUUUUCUCACUGCCAGCGUCCCGACCUUCCGGUUGAAUUUCCACGUUCGCCGGCUUGUCGGGGCCGGCUACAAGGUUGGCGUCGUCAAGCAGACGGAGACGGCGGCGAUCAAGGCCCAUGGCUCAAACCGGCUCGCGCCAUUCAGUCGGGGGUUGUCGGCCUUGUAUACUAGGUCCACGAUCGAGGCGGCGGAGGAUAUGGGGGGUGAUGGGGAGGAGGGGCCGGGGGCGGAGAGUGGUAAUUAUCUUGUUUGUGUUGUAGAAAAGGAGGCGUUGGUGGGGAAUAGGAGUUGUGGGAUCGAGGGGAGUUUUGAGGUGAAGAUUGGGGUGCUGGCGGUGGAGAUUUCAACAGGGGAGGUUAUUCAUGGGGAGUUUAGUGAUAAUGGAAUGAGGUCGGGGCUUGAGGCGGUGAUUCUGAGCUUGUCUCCUGCUGAGAUUCUUCUUGGUGAACCCCUGUCAAUGGCAACAGAGAAGCUACUAUUGGCAUAUGCUGGACCCUCAUCUAAUGUCCGAGUUGAGCGUACAUCACGCGAUUGUUUUAAUGAUGGGGGUGCACUUGCUGAAGUGAUGUCUUUAUAUGAGAGCGUAGGUGAUGAUACUUUGAUUGCUGAACAUGAUACACAAGUUAUGGACAUGAGCAAGGAGGAAAACCAUCACAUUGGAAUUGAGGGAAUCAUGUCUAUGCCUGAAUUAGCUGUGCAAGCAUUGGCAUUGACCAUUCGUUACCUUAAGCAGUUUGGUUUGGAAAGGAUAUUGUCUUCGGGUGCUUCAUUUCGACCUUUUUCCAGCACCUUCGAAAUGACUUUAUCAGCAAAUACACUUCAUCAACUCGAGGUCUUGAAGAACAAUGCUGAUGGUUCUAUGGAAGGAUCAUUAUUCCAAGCUAUGAACCAUACUUGUACUGCAUUUGGUUCAAGGCUUUUCAAACAUUGGGUGACUCAUCCUCUAUGUGAUAGAAACUCGAUAGCUGCUCGUCUCGAUGCAGUUUCUGAGAUUGCUGAAUCAAUGGGGUCAUGCAGAGGUUCACAAAAUGAAAUUGAGCUUGAAGGGGACAAUCUCUGUAAGGUGCUUGUGCAACCUGAACUUGAUAAUAUUCUUUCUUCAGUUUUGAUGAUGUUGGGGAAGUCACCUGACAUUCAGCGAGGAAUAACAAGAAUUGUUCACCGCACAGCCACAGCAUCUGAGUUCAUUGGAGUCAUUGAGGCUGUCCUAACCUCCGGGAAGCAAUUACAGAACCUUCAUGUCGAGGAUGAUGAGAAAAUUGUGAAAUCUGCUUUACUCAGAAGGCUAAUUUGUACUGCUUCAUCAUCUACUAUUAUCACUCAUGCUGCAAAACUUUUAUCUUGCCUAAACAAGGAGGCAGCUGAACAGCGUGAUGUGUUAAAUUUAUUUAUUGCUUGUGGCGAUCAGUUUCCAGAGGUCGCUAGAGGCCGUCUAGCUGUCCAGAUGGAAGAAGAGAAGCUGGAUUCAUUAAUUUAUCAGUACCGAAAGCAGCUUGGAAUGCGCAACUUGGAAUUCAUGAGUGUAUCUGGAACGACACACUUGAUAGAACUACCCACAGACGCAAGGGUUCCAUCAAACUGGGUCAAAGUUAGCAGUACCAAGAAAACUGUCCGAUAUCAACCCCCAGAAGUCUUGACAGCCUUAGAUAAAUUGUUGCUUGCCAAGGAAGAACUUGCUGUUGCCUGCAGGACUACCUGGGAUAAUUUUUUAAUGGGCUUUUCUAAAUACUAUGCCCAAUUUCGAGCAGCUGUUCAAGCAUUAGCUGCAUUGGACUGUCUGCAUUCACUUGCCAUUCUUUCAAGAAAUCAGAAUUAUGUCCGGCCAGUUUUUGUUAACAGUGAUGAACCAAGUCAAAUUCAUAUCACUUCAGGCCGUCACCCGGUUCUAGAGUCAAUGUUGGGAGAUAACUUUGUUCCGAAUGACACCAACUUACAUGAGGAUGGUGAGUACUGUCAGAUCGUUACAGGACCAAAUAUGGGUGGAAAGAGUUGCUACAUUCGCCAAGUUGCCCUCAUAGCUAUUAUGGCUCAGGUUGGUUCCUUUGUACCAGCAUCAUCAGCAAAGUUGCAUGUAUUUGAUGGUAUAUAUACCCGCAUGGGCGCAUCAGAUAGCAUCCAGCAAGGAAGGAGCACCUUCUUUGAAGAAUUGAGUGAAGCUUCUCACAUAGUACACAAUUGCUCAUCACACUCGCUGGUCAUCAUUGAUGAGCUUGGCCGGGGCACAAGCACACAUGACGGUGUUGCGAUUGCUUAUGCAACACUACAUUACCUUCUUAAGCAGAAGAAAUGCAUGGUUCUUUUUGUCACCCACUAUCCCAAGAUUUUGGAUAUUCAGAAAGAAUUUGAAGGAUCUGUUGGGGCAUACCAUGUUUCCUAUCUGACUUCACAGAAACCUUUCAAAAUUACUGAUUCAAAAUCAGAAUUUAGUGUUGGGGAACCAGACCAAGGAGAGGUUACUUUCCUUUAUAAAGUUGUUUGUGGUGCAUCAGAUAAGAGCUUUGGUCUUAAUGUUGCCAGACUUGCACAGCUACCAUCUUCAUGUAUUGCACGAGCUGCUAUCGUGGCUGCAAAAUUAGAAGCAGAGUUAAGCGAACGGGUGGGAAACGGUGCACAGAACAUAGAAAUGCCAGCCCAAAAUGAAAGGGGGAGAAACUAUUCUAAAUCAACAGGUUUUUCAUAUAGUGAAUAUGAUCGCUUUGAAAAUUUUGGAGAAGUAUGCCACAAUCUGUUGUCUUGUAUAAAAUCUGCAUUGGAUGAUGCCGAGCCAAUGAACAUCUUAUACGCUUUAAAAGAUGCAAGAGAGCUUGCAUUGAAGACGGUAAGCGGGCAACCGUCCAGCGACACCAUGGAAGCUAAAGGAGUAUAAAACUUAAAUAUGCCCUUGCUGCUAUACCGGUGCUACAAAAAUGAAGUGCCAUAUUUUUUUAUGAAAAAAUAUUUAAAUUUUGAUAGUUCAUCCUCUGUGUAAUCCUUCAGCUGUUACCAGGUGUGUAUUUUUAUCUGAGAGGGUCUAGCAAGAUUUAUGCUUGCUCUAGUUCCUGUUGUUAAUUGAAAAGAGAGGCAAGGGAAGGGGGUAUUUAUUUUUCGAUUCCCAGAUGCUUUAUGUUCCCGAAUAGAAGAGCUGCUGGUUUUGUAGAUUUGAGAAAGCAGGAAAAAUGGAGGCCGGUGUAGCUGCAACUGUAAGGAGAGCUGGAGCUGUAUCUAAUGAAAUGUUAUGCAUGUAUGUCGAUGCAUUUUCUUUUA